GGAUUCUCCGACAUUGGGUGUUAUGGAAGUGAGAUCCAGACGCCCAACAUUGACCGACUGGCCUCUGAGGGCUUGCGGAUGCUGAAUCACCAUGCUGCCGCUGCUUGUUCGCCAACGCGCGCGAUGCUCAUGAGUGGAACCGACGCGCACCUCGGUGGAUUGGGCACCCUCAUUGAAUACAAGCAGAGUAAAUAUGGUGCGCAGCGGUUUGGUGGAAAGGCUGGGUACGAGGGGUAUCUGAACAAUGAUGUGGCUACCUUGCCUGAAAUCCUUAGUGAUAACGGGUACUUUACAGCCAUGUCUGGCAAGUGGCAUCUGGGACUACGUGCCAGUCAGGGACCCUCUCAACGGGGGUUUGACAAGGCUCUUGCAAUGCUUCCAGGCUGUUGCAAUCACUACGGCUGGGAGCCCGUGCAGGAGCGAUUUCCCAUGGGAGGAUCCCCACUUCACACAGAAAAUGGUACCAAGGUGGAUAUAUCUGCCAACACAACUGGAGAUUCGGAAGGCUUCUACUCGACCGAUUACUAUACCGACCGCUUGAUUCAGUAUUUCGAAGAUCGGUCCGAGACUGUAAAGGAAAAGCCUUUCUUUGCGUUCUUGCCAUACACUGCUCCACACUGGCCCUUGCAGUGCCCCAAGGAGCAGCGUGAUAAAUACAAGGGAAUCUACGAUGACGGCCCCUAUGCCCUGCGCGAACGUCGUCUGAAGAAACUCGUUGAGAUGGGGAUUAUCGAUGAAUCAGUCGUUCCCCACCGGGUUGAGACAAAGACUGUCAGCUCCGGAGAGUGGGCAGAACUUACACCUGAGGAGCAGAAACUGUCUAGCCGUGCUAUGGAAACAUAUGCAGGCAUGGUGGAUUCCGUUGAUAUCAAUGUUGGUAAAGUGAUUGAAUAUUUGAAGAAAACUGGGGAGUAUGACAACACCUUUGUCGUUUUCAUGAGUGAUAACGGAGCAGAGGGAGCUGCGCUUGAAGCAAUGCCCGUCAUGGGAGAUCGAAUUACAGAGGCGAUUCACAAGUACUAUGACAACUCGCUUGAUAACAUCGGCGCCUUCAAUUCUUUUACUUGGCUCGGACCGCUCUGGGCGCAGGCAUCAACAGCACCAUCUCGACUAUUCAAAUGCUUCCCAUCCGAAGGAGGCAUCCUGGUUCCAUGCAUCGUCAAGCCACCUGUGAACACUUUCCAAUCUUCCUUCACGCCCGGUUCAUAUGUUCGAUCGUUCACAACUGUAAUGGACUUUUUGCCGACCUUCCUCGAACUAGCGGGAGUUCCCCAACCGCCCGCCGUAGAGAAAACACAAGUCAUCGGCUCUGGCGGAAAAAUCACUGCAACUCGAAAGAUGACCACCUUCCGAGGCAAAGACGUCCAUGCACCGCGAGGAAAGUCGUGGAUUCCAUUCUUCUCCAAGGGCCAAAAGGUUGAGCCCAAUGAGACAUGGCACAUUCACUCAUCCACGGAGCCCAUUGGAUGGGAACUUUUUGCCCAAGGCGCCCUUCGUAAAGGUGACUGGAAGAUUGUACAUAUCGCCAAGGCCCGAGGCGGCGCUGGCGAAGGUGAUGAUGGUUGGGAGUUGUUCAAUGUUGCCAAUGAUCCAGGAGAGACAACGGACUUGGCACAGGCUGAGCCGGGAAAGUUGGCUGAACUACUCCAGCAUUGGGAGGAGUAUGUCGUCGAGUGUGGCCUUGUCUGGGGAGAGGGCGCGAUGGCUCCUGGAUUGGGGAAGGACGAGGCACCACAAUUUUGGCAGGAUGAGACAGAGCUGCAAAAGGUGUGGAUGGGUGCUCAAGCAGGGUCGUGUCCGGUUAUCUGUGAAUAA